AUGGAAGACGUCGCAAAUAUUUCUCCAUGCAAAAAAAAUCCAAAAGGAAAAUUCGUUGGCACUGGUCAAAAGAAUAUAAUUAUUAAUGUGUACAAGGAUAAAAUCAAACAACAGCUCGAAAAUCCAGAGAUGCCCAAAUUGUCGUUCAGGGACCUUAUCGUUAGCAUUUCAAGAACCACUGGUAUUGGGCAACGUACAAUUCAAACUACAUUGGGAGAAUAUAAGAAGGAACGUACAGUGUCAUCGCCCAAUAAAAAAAGUGAGACCUACGGUACUUCAAAAAGUGGACGAAUUCGACAAAAAUGCCAUAAGGCAAAAAAUUCACAAUUUUUGGAGAAACCGUAA